CGUGUCCGGCGUGUCUUCUCCUGUGCAACCAUUUUUAUCGCGGGAUGCCGUGCCUAGUAUUAACCCAGUUUUGUACUGUUCGUGCAUCCUGCACCGAUGUAUGUUAGUUAGCAGCCUGCCCAUUCGGAUAAGUGGUACACAUACAGUUACGUUGCUUAUCGAGGGUGAAGCUCGGACUCAGAUCUGCGUUCAUGAUGGCGAUGUUCCGCAGUUUUGUGUCGGCUACCCAGCUCAGGCAGCAUCACCAUCAGCAUCAGCUGCAGAGCGAGGCAGCCGCGGCCGCCCCCGGUGAGAGCAUUGAGAGCCAGUUUUCUUGCCCCAUUUGCUUGGAGGUCUACCACAAACCUGUCAACAUCGCAAGCUGCGCUCACACGUUUUGUGGGGAGUGCCUACAGCCAUGCCUGCAGGUGACCUCUCCCCUCUGCCCCCUCUGCCGCAUGCCUUUCGACCCAAAGAAGGUGGACAGGUCCUCCAGCGUGGAGAAGCAGCUGUCCUCCUACAAGGCGCCCUGCCGGGGCUGUAGUAAAAAGGUCACCCUGGUCAAAAUGAGGUCACACAUCACGUCUUGCACAAAGGUUCAAGAACAGAUGGCCAACUGCCCCAAAUUUGUGCCAGUUGUACCCACUUCACAGCCAAUUCCCAGCAAUAUCCCAAACCGCUCCACUUUUGUGUGUCCAUACUGUGGAGCCAGGAAUCUUGACCAGCAGGAGCUGGUCAAACACUCUAUGGAGAACCACCGAAAUGACCCUAAUAAAGUGGUGUGCCCCAUAUGUUCAGCCAUGCCUUGGGGCGACCCCAGCUAUAAGAGCUCCAACUUCCUGCAGCACCUCCUGCACCGGCACAAGUUCUCCUAUGACACUUUUGUGGACUACAGCAUCGAUGAGGAGGCAGCGCUGCAGACAGCAUUGGCACUGUCAUUGGCUGAGAACUAAUGACCUCCUUCACCUCUCCUUCUGCACCCUGGCAGUCUGAUUAAUGCUCUCUUCUCCAACUGUUCCUUUCCAACAAUCAAUCUUACAAGAAUCUAAGGACCUCUCCUUACUCCACUCUCUGUGUCCUGGUAUUCUCAAUAACAUACUCUCCUCCUCCUGUAGCUCUCCAACCUUCUGGCAGAGCAGAGAACCCCCUUCUUCACUCCUGCCUCUACACCAUGGCUGACUUGCAGAGAACUGAGGUUCCAGCUCACCAGAACUCUGCUGACUCAGUCACUGAGCUUUUCCUGUUCUGUCAGUCACCAAUCACAGCCCAGAGAUUGUAUCAUAAAUGCAACAAUGCAGUGCUCAAAUGAAUGAAGAAGUGGGUUUGGGGUUCAUUAACUUGGAGUUUUAGUGUUUACAUGGGCUAACAAGAAUCAGUUUCACUUCUAUUCAAAUAAUUAUCUGUGACUUUACUUUUUAAAUCUGUUUAACUUUUGUAAUGUUGGCAGAGGGAAGCAGUGUGGUAUGGCCGGGUGCUGUGGGAGGAGCUUCUUGCAGAAGAAAGUGUUAAUCAAGCCAAGAAAGGGAGGUGACUUGCUAAUCACAUUACCACAAUGGACAGAAGACCAACAUCCCAACAAAAAUGUACAUGGCCCCCAUUUUAUUAGGGUUCUUCUGAAUACUUGCUCUUAGCACAUUUUUGUACAUGAAGUAGAGUAUUGUUAUGAUUUUAUAGAUGGCUUGCAGGCCAAUAGUGAUGCAUUAAUGGUUAAUACUACUGUUACCCGUUUAACUACAAUAGUAUUUUUAUGAAGUACCAGCUGAGAAAAAAUAUAUAUUUUUGAAAAUGUUUGUUUCAAAUGGUUCACUAAUAACACAGAAGUAAACAUACAUUUAAUAAUUAAGAA